UUACUUUCCGAAACAAAAGCUUCUGGUAGUGAUAACACAUAACCACAUGAUAGAGGGCGGAAGCUAGGGGGAUUCCAACAGCUAAAGAGCGCCUGUGGCCAAGAAGCUGUUAGAGCUGUUGGGAUGCAAGCGCAUUAGGACAACCGAGUAUCAUCCAGCGGCAAAUGGUCUAGUAGAGUCAAUGUUUACUGAUGACGUUUCGAGCACAAUUUAUUGCUAAUAAUCAUAUCAAGGUACAAACACGACUUCCCAACUUUAUUUAUAUAAUUCCAUUAUUUUUCACUUGAUUUGGUUGGUAGUAUUAUUUUCCAUAUUUCGGGUAUGAGUGAUGAAUCAUUCCUAUUGCAUGUGUUAUCACUACCAGAAGCUUUUGUUUCGGAAAGUAAAUAAGGAAGAAGAAGAACACAUAUACACGUAGAUAUCAAAGACAUUUACACCUCCUGGAACUGUGAAAAUAUACUCAAGAAAACGAACUCGUGGAGAUAGAUUAAGAAAACUCUGGUUAUCACCAAUCAACUGUUCAGUGAAAUCUGAGAAACAUGGGAACCAACUUGAUCGUUAUUGCCAAAAGGAACGGCGUGUCUCUUUACCAGUAAAACCUGCUGAAUAUAAGAUUUCAACUAUUAUGAAGAGGCAACCUGAAAAACAGUCAAGCUGGAGCAAAAUUUCACGUUGGAAAUUCGAGAUCCGAAAAUAUCACAACUGCUCAAAGAGAAACAGAACUUGAUAAAGAAUAAAUCGAUGAGGAGGAAAGUUCACCGGACCCAUCUACUACACCGGAGCGUCAACGCAACUUAUUUGAUUCCAUACAGGAAUAUUUUUCUGAAGAGCUGUCUAAGUUAGACAACAUUCUUGGAUAUUUCACUACAAAUGAAAUAGAAUUUAUGGUAUCGAUAUCGCCGCUAAAUUAUACGAGCGUGCAUAAAUCCCUUAAAGCUGCUAAAGACAACCUACCCUAUGAUAUUGAUGACGUCUCCUCCCAACUCGGUAUGUCAACAUGGACAAAGGAAUAUAAAAGUGGCUCCCCCAAUCGUAUGAAAGAAAAUCUACCAAUAGGAAUAGAUGGGAGCAGUAGUAGUUCUCUUCUACUCCAUCAAACAGCAUCAUCAUUACCACCAAAUCCAUUUGAUUUAGAGGAAAAAGAAAAUUUGUUGAAAGCAGUUAUACUGGCACAUUCUGAUAACAGCCAAUUUCGGCUAAUAAAUGUGAAGAAACCAUGUCAAGGGCCAAUUGAUGAAGAGCAAUUAAAGCCUUCAUCUCAACAUCGGGUACACAUAACGUUGCAUGCAGUAGUAGUAAGCCUACGAAAACAUCCUUCAAAUUAUCAUUCGACGACGAGCCCAACACUCGGAUUCUUCGUUGUAAAUUAAUUCGUGAGAAGCAGACGCUGGGUGAUGACUGCCACCGGAUUCCAGGUGGUAUGAUGAUAAAUAUAAGACUAGAAAAAAAAGAGAACAGGUGGGGCACAGAAAUCUUGAUAAUGACGCCUGCAGACCUUCAACGAGCCGUCUACACUAUGGGCAACCCAUUCCUUCAACCAGCACUGGUGGCAAAAACAAAGAAAAUGAGAGAAAUGUCUCUCAAGAAUGCUUUGCUAGUGAGUAUACUGGUCAGAGAGCAAGUGAGAGUGGUGAAAGUGCACCCUCAUGACCGAUCUCUCUCCACCCCAAGCUUACAGCAAUUCUAAACUUAUUCUAACCUAUUCUGUGAUAAUGCUUUUUUAUGGUAAAUAGCCAUUUCAUCUACCCACUAUGUUCUGAAAUAACGCUGGUCGUGCUUAAAAAAAGAGCUGGGUGCUUAAUUAAUGCAACAAAAUCUUAAAAAUAAGAUCAUCAUCUGAAAUAAUGCCUUUAGUGCUGAAAAUUAGCACUGCAUGCUUAACUGCUGCGGUUAAUACUGAAAAAUAGUACUCCACCUGUACAUAGUAUAUUGAAACCAACCAAUCAGCAAAGAGUAGGUUUCACACAGAUUACGUAGUGUAACGGCUACAGACUUGUCUGCGAAUUACAUAUGAUGUGAUUGAUCUAUUUGACCAGAGGUGUGACAGUAAAUAAGAAUACAACGAAAACAUAAUUCAACAGGGGUAGGGGAAGGUGAAUUGGUCGCAUGAAUUCAUACGAAAAAUAUAUUAUGAAUAAUAUAU